GGCUGCAGCCGUCGUCGUCGUUGUUGUGGUGCGCGUGCGCGCCCGAAGGUUGGAGGGCUCGCUCUCGAGUCAGCACUCUCGGUGCGAGUGUGGCCCAAGAUGGCGGGCUCGACGGUGGUGGGUUCGCGAGGAGGGCCGAACCGACGACGACGUCGGAGCUGGCAGCUCACUGCUGCAGCAGUGGACACGAGUAUUAUUGCCGUCUGGCCGAGUGCAAGUGUUGAAAUAUAAAAGAAAAAGAGAGCCCCAGCGGACGCGAGCUUUUACCACACGACGAGCCUCUCUGUGUGUGCCAUCCACCACGAGGAGCAGCAGAAAAGUGUGCAGCGCGAGACAGCCCGACGAUUUCGGUAAAAGCUCGAAGCAUCGAAGGCUAUUCCAAGUGUGCAUAAUAUAUACAUAUAUCUGUAUAUUACGUGAGAGUGUGCCGCCCCGUGCAGCAGCAGCAGCAGCAGCACCGAAAGGAAAAAAAAAGCUUCGAUCGAGCUGGUGCAAAGUCUCGACGAGGAAAGAAGCAGCAGCAGCUUCGUAGGAGAUCGUCGACCGUGAUAAACCGGAUAAACUCCUCAGCAGGGCUGGUCCCUGCCGAAGCUCUGACUAGCUGCAGCGAUUCCUGGAGCCGCGGGUACAGGCACGGAAUCGCAUCCUCUUUGUAAGCGCAAUGAUCGAGGCAUCCUCGUCGAAUAAACAUCGGCAACAGCAGCAGCAAAAACAGGAAAAGCAUCAUCGUCGCGAGGCGAAUCGAAGGAAGGGGAGCAAUCGCACCGUCAGUCACUUGGACGACUCGCAGCAGUGCUGAGAGCAGCAGCAGCAGCAGCAGCUGCCUGCACCCGACGCCGUUACGAAGGGUCAACGAGAUCCAAGCACUCCUCCGUCUCCUGUUACUCCGGUGGACGACAGUAGCAGCAGCGCAUCAACAGCAGCAGCAGCAGUAGCAGUAGCAACAGGAAGGAUAGGUUGGCCGGACGAGCACUCGAGGGCUGCGGCCGCGGCUGGCGCGAGGAAGCGGAGCAAUCGUCACAACAGGAGCAACGGAGGAGGACAGCAACAGCAGCAGCAGCAGCAGCAGCAGCAGGCCACGGCCGGCAACGCGCCCAACAGGACCAAUAGUAACAACGGCGCCAGCGGCAACAGGAGCAGCAACCCUAGCGCGUCAACGACGACGAGCAGCGGAGGAACAGGGGCAGCAGCAGCAGAAAAAACGCCUGCGGCAGCUGACAUGACGACGCCAGUCAUGGGCUACGUGUCGGUGAAGGACUUUUACCGCGACAGGUCCAUCUUCAUAACCGGUGGCACCGGAUUCAUGGGCAAGGUCCUGGUCGAGAAGCUGCUGAGGUCCUGUCCCGGCAUCAAGAACAUCUACCUGCUGAUGAGGCCGAAGCGCGGCCAGGACGUGCAGCAGAGAUUACAGGAAUUGCUCAAUGCACCCCUGUUCGAUAAGCUGCGUCAGGACACGCCGCACGAGCUGCUGAAGAUAGUGCCGGUGGCCGGCGACGUGACGGAACCGGAACUCGGCAUAUCCGUGGCCGACCAGGAGAUGCUCAUCCGAUGCGUCUCGGUGGUCUUCCACUCGGCCGCCACCGUAAAAUUCGACGAGGCGCUCAAGCUCUCCGUCACCAUCAACAUGCUCGGCACCAAGCGCCUCGUCCAGCUCUGCCAUCGGAUGCACUCGCUCGAGGCACUGAUUCACGUGUCGACGGCGUACUGCAACUGCGACCGCAUGGACGUCGAGGAGAAGAUCUACACGGCGCCCCACGACCCCGAGCAGAUAAUCCAGUGCACGACGUGGAUGGACGACAGCCUCGUGGAGGAGCUGACACCGAAGCUGAUCGCCAAUAGGCCCAACACCUACACCUUCACCAAGGCCCUGGCCGAGAGCAUGCUGCUGAGGGAGGCGGGCAGUCUGCCCGUGGCCAUCGUCCGGCCCUCGAUCGUGCUCUCGUCGUUCCGCGAGCCGGUCGCAGGCUGGGUCGACAACUGGAACGGGCCCACGGGCAUCAUCGCCGCCGCCGGCAAGGGCUUCUUCCGCACGAUGCUCUGCCACGAGGACAAGGUGGCCGACCUCGUGCCCGUCGACAUCGUCAUCAAUCUGAUGAUCGUGGCGGCCUGGCGCACCGCGAUCCACCGCAGCGACACCAUCCAGGUGUACAACUGCAGCACCGGCCAGCAGAACCCGAUCACGUGGAAGCACUUCGUCGAGCUGGCCUUCAAGUACAGCCGGCUGCACCCGACCAACGGCGCCAUCUGGUACCCGGGCGGCCGCUGCCGCAACAACGCCAGCGUCAAUCGGGUCUGCGUCGCCUUCCAGCACCUGGUGCCGGCCUACGCGCUCGACUUCCUGGCGAAUCUGCGCGGCAGCAAGCCCAUCAUGGUGCGCGUCCAGGCGCGCCUCGACAAGGCCGCCAAGUGCCUCGAGUACUUCAGCACGCAGCAGUGGAACUUCAAGGACGAGAACGUGAAGCAGCUCGGGCUGCAGCUCAGCGCCGACGACAGGCAGACCUUCAUGUUCGACGUCAGGCAGAUCGACUGGCCGUCGUACCUCGAGAACUACAUACUCGGCAUCAGGCAGUUCAUACUCAAGGAGAGCCCCGACACGCUGCCGGCCGCCCGGACACACAUUACCAGAUUGUACUGGCUGCACAAAACCGUACAGAUAGGCACGGUGCUGCUGUUGAUGAGGCUACUGCUGUCGCACAGCAGCUGGGCCCGCAGCGCGUGGUUCAGCCUGCUCACCUUCGUGCUGCGAAUGUGCCGCAUGAUUGUUUGACGACUCAGCAGUGCCACGUGGCCCCCGCAGAGGAGGCCCCGUUCAUUAUUAUCCAUUAUAAGCAGCAACAAGCAGCAGCAGCAGCAGCAGCAACAGCAGCGACACGACAGCAGAAGCAGCGGAAGUCUAAUAACGGCAUCGGCAAUCGGGCAUAUUGUUAAGGAUAAGAGCAGCAGCCCCUACUACUACUGGACGACGUUGCAGCACUGUAUAAAGCUUCGGAUCGUCGGCGCCCUCGAAGCGCCGAAAUCGGCGGCGCGUGUCCUAAUCAAGGCAGCGGCGAUCGCGGCUUGAAUUACCGAUCGCGCGUCUCUCGAUCCGCCACUCUCGGUCCAGUUUGAUUGCGCAAUAGGAGAAGGAACACCGACGCCAUCAUCAUUAUUCGCCAGCAACAACACAGUCCAGCCAUCAGUCAUUUCACUAUACAAUAUUAUACAAAAAAAAUAUAUAAGUUACGUCUUAUAUACCAGCGGCAGCAGCAGCAGAACAAGAGGAUCAUCGCUGAAAGUGAGAGAGAACAGAAGUUGUCUUCGAGUACGAUGUUAAAUAUUAUAUACAAUAGAUGUGAAAGUAAGUCAAGUGGAUGAAAAAAAGCUAACGUAUACAAGCUAAACGCGAGAGUUAUUAUAUAUAUAUAAAUGCGGUUUAUUGAGGAGUAUAAAGAAGAAACAGAUACUAUAUAUAUGACGAUAUAACGUGGAAAUAAAACAUAAUUAAAAAUAUCCCAAGCCACAUUGCGCGUAAUGUGGUUGUAAGAUGAAAAAAAAUCGUAGCUUCCAGUACCAGAGAUAACAAAACAACAUACACUCGCGGAAUCGCGACUUUACAGUAGCGUCUACUCACACAUCUACACCUAUGACAUACAAAUUAAAAAUACACUCCACACACGAUACACAAUUCACACAAACACAUAUACAAGCAAACAUUGUCGUAUCUAAAAGACAAAUAAAAAUAGUAUACUAUCUCACGCGUGCGAAAUGACAACAAUUUUUCCAAAAGCAACCGUUGAAAUAAACAAAUAGUAAAUUAUAUUUAACACAAACAGCGCAAAAGCCAAGCUUCGUAGUGCGAUUUUUGUAGCUUCUUCGAGCCAUUAUUACUGUUACAUAUUGUUGUUUAUAUAAUUAUUAUUGUAUCAUUAUUAAAUAACGUAUAAUCAUAAUUGAAGAAAUUAUUGCGAAACAUAUAUUUCCGAUGUGAAAGAGAGAAAAUUGUUGCGCGACGAUUUUUUAAACGAGUCGACGCCGCACGUAAAUGAACGAGUGAGAGAAUGAAAGGAUGAUGAGUGACGUGUGUGCAGAAUGCAUGAACUCGAAGAUCUUCUGGAAUUUACUUAUGCGAUAAUAAUUGUGCGAUUUCGUCGGUGUGGCGAGUGCAGCGAACUCUUUAGAGGCCGAUAUAAUUCAAGUAUGCUUCCGAUUGUCCCAAAUUGUAAAACUCCGCUUAUACAAGCUAAUGAAAGUCCCGUCGCGGUUGUUGUUAUUAUUAUUAUUAUUAUUAAAUUUAAUUACUUUUAUUGUAUUUUUUUUAUUAUUAUUAUUAUCAUUAUUAGAUAUUAUAGAUCGGAUACUUCCCGUCCGCUCUUCCAGCAAAAUGUACGUUUACGUAAAUAACAUCGGACUAUCAAAAACAAAGUGAAAAUUCGAUUUAUCGACGGUUGAAAUGAAUGAAUCAUACUUAUGAUAUCGAGUACACGAUAUAUAUAGAUAGAGAGAAAAAAAAGUGAGGAACAAAUGCACCAGUCAAUUUUUUUUAUGAGAAAUAAAAGAAGAAUUAACGACAAACUCGAGUGACAAGUUGAAAAGGCGAAAAAAACACGCAUAUAAUAUUUAUAACAAUAUUAUAUAAUAACAAAAAAAAAUUAAUAAAACAAUACCGCAUAUUAUAAUAUAUGACGACUAAGAUUGUUUUUAGCUGCGAAGGAAAAAAAACACUGAAAAUAAAAGUAAAAUAAUAAUAAAUAAUUGUUAAUUUUUACGAAGAAUCCAUCGAUUGUAAUAUUGCGAGUUUAAGCGACUGCGUUUUAAGCGAUUAUGUAUUGUAGUACGGAGUAUAAUUAUAAAAAAUUCACACAGAAACACACGUUAAGACACUCAAAGCCCAUACGUCAGCGUACACGAUAAACAUUUGAUAAUAAUAUAGCGUAAAUUCGAGGCGUACAGAGGGAUAGGGAGAGAGAGAGAGAGAGUAAACGCGCUUAGAAAUCCGAUUACCACGUAAUAAUGAGGAAUAUGAUGAUGAUUCACGAGGCUCGCGAUUCGCCCAUUUUCCACGUUAAUUAAUUAUCGGUGGUGCGCGUAUAUAGAAAUCAUCCAAUCCUUCGGUGAAAUUAUUGAUAAUAUACAGUACUAAUUAAUGCAGAUAAAAAAUAAAAGGAGGGACAGAACUUUUACGCCAUUACGUAAGAUACCUAGAUGGAUAUUUUUUGCUACGUCCAGUAUAUUUCAUAGAAAAGUUAUUAAUAGUGAAUAAUUUUAGGCGAGCCCAUCGGUUCCAAAGUUAACAAACUAAAAAAAAACUUUCAUAAAAAUCAUCGCAAAAAAACUGAUGUCCGAUUCUUCGAGGACACGCGUAGCAGCAGCAGCAGCGUGAGCGGCGUCUCGCCCCCGUCGACAAAAAAGGGUAUUUCGUUUUAUAUUAGAGGUAGUAAAAAAACCGCACGCGAGCGCGAUUUUGCCUGGAAAAAAAAUAAUAAAAGCGUCAACUCGCGCAAUUUAUUUGGCACACGCCCGUUGCGAGAACUAUGCGCGCGCGAGAGAAAGAGAAAAAGAGAGAAGUUUUUUCUUCGAUUAUUAUAGCAAUUCCCAGUGCAAGGACUAUAUUUAAUAACGCCCUCGCGAAAGAGACGCUAACCGCGCGUGGGUCGAUCGAAAAAGUAAUAAAAUCAAUGCAUAACGACGCGGAGAAUGAAUAAUGCAGCCGUAAUCGUAACUUCCAAUUUGAAUAAAGAGAGACAUGUGUUCUUAGAUACUAACGUUGAAAAUACAUUAAUAGUCAGUAACGCGAUAUACAUAAUACGAUAAUAAAAUAUUGUCUGCUAUUAUUCGGAUACACUCGUUGAAAGUGCAUACAUAUGUAUUGUGUGUCCUCGCGGCGCGCGGAAAUUUCCCGCGCAAACUUGAGCGUGUGUGUAAGGAAUUCGCGAAUGCCCUCUCCAGCGGUUUGUCGCGACGAAUUUUUCUCAAAACAAAAAUUACGAUAAUGUACUGUACGUAUGAUAACGCGCAUAUGAACAUUCGUUUCUUUCGCUUACCCCAAAAAUAUCUCUAUGUAUCUUACAGAUCUCCUCAAUCGUAUAAAAAUCGGGGGUGUCGGCUGUGUUUUCAUCGAGCUUAGGUUUUUAAACGAUUUUUCAUAAAAGAAGCUUUACGUACACACACACUGCUCUCUGUGCAGUCGCUCGAAUAUAACGCAGAUCGAAAUUUGGCAAUUUGGCCAAUGUUGAGAUUUUCAAUUCGACUCGGAGCAUCUGAAAAUUGUCACGCGAGUAGAAGGGGUAUAUAUGUAAUUAAUUAAUCGAUAUUAUAAAAAAAAUUAUUGAAAUUCGGUCACCCGUGUCGCUCGAACUGAAGUGUACUUUCGAAUCGCGAUUGACACUUUUGGAGCGAUUAUAAGUAGAAAAUUGUGUAAAUAAUAAAAUAUAAAUACAUGAAUAACACGGAGUGAAAAUGAUACAACUCAUAUGAGCCGUAGUAGAACAUAAAAGACUCUCGAAUCACCAACUUCUACAGGCUGAAACUAUUUUAUUGGAUCGUAUCGUGUGAACAAUACGAUGCAUCGCAAACGAUAAUGUGUACCAGGUAAUAUAGAGCAACUACUUGUGUGAAUUAUACGCGAUUAUACGAGCGAUGAACGGAUUAGCGAAGGAGCUAUCAAAAGGGCUUAUGUACGGGCUCUCUUUGCGUUAAUAUCGAGUAUUAUAUUAAUUAAUUGCGCUAUUGUUGCGGAGAUCGACACGUCUAAAUAUCUCAGCCAAACUCAAGUUAUUAUAAUCGACACAUGAAUUCCAUUGAAACCUAAUCGCGCUAUACAAACAAUUUUCGUAUUUAUGCUUGUAAAUAAUUAUAAAAUACGUAGACGUUCGAAAAUCGAUGUAUGCAUCAUCGUCCAUCAACGGGGGGGUAUUGUUCUUCGGCAAUAUAAUAGGAAGUUUUGAGUUGAGACCAUUAAGGAGUAGCGAUAAUGUGUUUGUACAGAAUAUUUACGAUUUCACGUUACGAUACGCUUUAAAUUAUAAAUAAGGUAUCGAGUAUUGGUUUUUACCGGCUUGCCAAAUUGAGAAGUUAAAAAAAAAAGGCGACUUUCGAUUAUUCAGAGCACACCACACACAAACACACGACACACCCACACAAACAAGUGAAUACGAGUGCAGAGUAUUUGAAGAUGAACAAAAGUGUUGCAAAAUAUUGUAUAGAAUUUGAAGUGCUCGGACUGCAUUAUUACUGAGCGAAUGAUUUUUAUAAAAUAAAAAAAAAGACGAUGAUUGGCGUGCUUUACGGGCACGAGAUCUGUGUACGUUAGGUUAUUCGUUGUUGAGUAUAUAUUGCUAUACUUUUUAUUGAGUAUAUUUUAUGUAGAGAAGCUAUAAGUUGAGAUUUAUUAUUGCUCUUGUUCGUCGGAUGCAAUAUGUCAUUAUAUUAUAUUAUUGUCUUCGUUGCUGUUGUUCAUAAAUGCCAGAUUAUCAUUGCGAUGCGGCGAUUAUUAUAUUCAAUUAAAGUCAUCGGUUACAAAUUAUUUAACAAUGUGUAUAUUAGCUAAAUGGUAUAAAAACUAAUUUAAGGUGCAUGAGUAUCGAACAUACAACGGCACAACUUUUAAACACGAUGGAAUUUGAAAAAAAAAAUAUGAGCGCGAGCUCGUCGAUUGUUAAAAAAAGCGAGAAAGCUUGGACGCGUCUGAGACUCUGCCUUUUGUAAUUUUUUCGGACUCUUCCGUUCUCAUCGGAAAGUCAUCGUCAUCAUCACCGUAAAGAUGCACUUGAUCAAAUGAAAAAACGUACGUCAUUCCAAUUUUUAUAACCGUGAAACAAAAGAAAAUCAGAGAAUCGAAAAGAUUAGAAAUUGAGAUUUUCGUAAUGUCGCGGGCUGCGAAACAUCAUCGAUGCGCGUGUGCGACUAUCCAAAAGCCGAAGUUAAUCGGAUUUUUGGCUUCAGAUUUUUCACAUCUUUUCCUAUUCGCACUCUAUUCGAUCGUAAUGAGCGAGUUUAACGUUCGAUUUAAUUUUAAUACAUAAAUGCAUUGUCGUCGACUGCAGAGUUUUCUCAGACAUCUUCGAAGGAUUGUGAGCUUAGUUCCGCGAGUAUAGAACUGCUUUUCAUUUCAAGAAAGAAAAUGUUCACACAAAGUAUAAGCGCGAACGUGUUUUUAUCUCUUCCUCGAUUUGUGAUUAAGUUUUUGUAUAACUGAUGGUUUUUAUAUAGCCCAAGUAUCGCUCGUUUAUAUAAAUGUAUUAUAAAAGAAAGAUUAAAAAAAAUUACGUCGUUCGUUGCUGAAAUUCUUUACAAAUAGAUCUUAAGCUAAAGGAAAUUAUUAUAAUUUUCUUUUUAACUUCAUUAUUAUUACUUAUUACUUUUAUUACUAUUAUUAUAUUAUAAAAAUAUAUAUGAACAUAAAAAAAUGUUAUUACAUACAACAUAUUUGGUGCAAGUGAGUUUUUAUAGAGUACAAUUAAUCAAUUUUUUUCUUUAAAGUUAGCCGAUUGUAAGAGGAACUGUGAGAGCAAACGUGUUCUUUAAGAAAUAAAUAAAAAAAAAUAUCAAAGCUUAAUGCGUCGCACGGAUAAUAAAAAAAAAAUCAUUGUGGAA